AUGUCUGAUAUAAUGGAUAGACUGGAGAAUUCAACUACGAAAUUCAAGUUGGGUGAUAAUAUUCAUUUUGAAAUAUCAUCAUCUAGCCCGAGUAAUCAACCGAAACUGGGUAUUUCUCAAGAUCAAUCGAAACAGAGACUAGUAUCAAAUAAUCAAGAAUCAGCAAGUUCUGUAUCUAAAAGAAAGAAAAAGAAAAAUAAGAAAAAUAAGUCAAAGCUUGCUGCUUCUACAAUCCAUGCCCAUUUGAAUAAUCCAGGAGAUGAUUAUCCUACCUCAAGAGUUAUUAAGCAAGCACCAAAUGGGGAUGUAAUAGUCGAAAGUUUGGAUGGAGAAGAAGAGGAAGACGACGAAGAUGAUGAUGACGAAGAUGAUGAAAAUAAUGCAGAAUGUUUAGGCAAUAACAGCCAUCAACAUCACCACCACCAUCAUCAUAGUCAUGGACGCCAUCAUUCAGAUAAACGUAAUGACGACUGUGAAUAUUCUAGUAAUGGAACUUCAUGUAAUACGCGAAAGAAUUCAUCAUCCUCAAAUACUAAUUUAUGGGAUAGUGCAUCUAUUGAAGAACAGGAACGUUUGAAAGAGUUUUGGGAAUCCCUAGGCGAAUCUAAGAAAUUAGAAUUAGUUAGAAUUGAUAAAGACUCCAUCAUGAAAAUGUUCAAGAGUGAAACGAGACAACACUUGCAACAACUACUGUCGCAAAACAAUGGUACCAGCAGUGGUUUAGGAUCCAAUAAUAAUGGAAGUAAUGGUAACAAUUUCUGUACUUGCAAAUACUGUGGACGAAGAAAUAAUAUUAUCGAAGAAGAGUUGGAAAAUAUUUAUGAUAAUCAUUUUGAUGAUAUAAUUGAUUUCAUUCACGAUGUACGAGAUAUAAAUGAUUUGAAUGCUUUGCCAGGAUUGUUAUUUGGUGGAUUUCAUAUGUUAGAAGAAGAACGAAGAUUACAAAGACGGCAAUUGAAAUUCAAAGAAAAAUGGGAUCAGGCUCAAAGCCAACAACACAAUCAUCAUCAUAGUAAUAAUCACCAAUUGCCACCACCAACACAGCAACAAGCGAAACUGCAUAGUUUAAACCCGACACAGGUUCAGAAUGAUAUUAAAGUAAAUUUUAUUCAAGAUCAGAUGGAAAAGUUCAAGAAUCAUAUUGAAAAAUUGACUAGUGCUAGUGAUCAACAGAAUGGAGAACCGUCUUCUAACAAGUCUACCGAAGUUCAUUUGCGAACUAGUUUUGAUGAAAAUGAUCUAAAGAAUUCAAAUGAAUCACAACUAUUUAAUAAACUACUUGAUCCUAAAUUAUUUGAAGCGUUAGAAAGUAUGGAUUUGGAUAAAAUGAAAGAAAUUUCUAAAUUGGAUCCAGAAAAUUCCAAUAGUAUUCAUAUUUUGGAAAAGGCAACUUCAUUGAGAGAGAUUGUUCGAGAUUUAAAUAAUGUUGAUAAGGCAAAUUUACAGAAAGGAAUAUCUUAUGUUUCUAAUAUGGGUAAAUUUUUCUCCAACAUUGCUGCAAUUAAUGCUAGGAAUGGAGUUGAGGGAUCCGUUAUUGGAAAUAGACUUGAUGAUCAAAUAUCAAAAGGUUUAUCAACUUUUGCAGAGGAUUUGUUAAAAAAUGAUGGCAAUUCAUUCAUUGGUAUGAUGGAAGCACUUUCUGAAUCUAGAACAGCUCGAGAAGAAUUGUUAAAAGAAUCCCCAAAUGCCACGAUACAUAACACACUGCUGAAAUAUGCAUGGGUUGAUGAAGACGAUAAGGUAGAAAUUGAAGUACAUACAUGUGACAAUCCCCAUCACCACCACCAUCAUCAUACACCACGAUUUGAAGAAUUUGAAGAUGACGAAGAAGAAGAAGUAGAAGAUGCUGACGAAGAAGAAGAAGACGAUGACGAGGAAGACGAAGAUGAAGAUGAUGAGGAAGAUUAUGAAGACGAGGAGGAAGAUGAAGAAGAUUAUGAUGACGAUGAAGAUGAAGAUGCAAGCGAUACCGAAUCUGAAAUCUCUGAAGAAGAAAAAAUGCAAGAAAUUCGCCGAUUAUUCUUGAUUCAAGUCAUUAAAUUAUUCCAAGAAAGAUUGAAAAAUGCCUAUAAAGAGAAAUUGUCACAAGAUAGAACUCAAAAAUUAAUUGAAGAAUUGGAAGCUGAAGAGAAUGCCAAGAAAGAGCGUGAAAUGAAAAAAUUGAAACAAAAGGAAAAGGCUAAAGAGAAGAAACGUCUACAACAAUUGGCCAAAGAAGAGGAAAGAAAGAAAAAGGAAUUAGAAUUGAAAGCUAAAGAAGAAGAACAAAGGUUACAAAAGGAGAAGUUGAAGGCCGAACAGAAAAAGAGGAAGGAAGAGCAGAAAUUGAAGCGUGAAGAAGAAAAGAAGAAACGUAUGGAGGAAUUAAAACGAAAGGAAGAGGAGCAUAAAAAGAAGGUUGAAGCACAACAAAAACGUGAAGAAGAGGCCAAAAGAUUGAAGGAAGAACGUAGAAAGAAGGCAGAAGAAGAAAGAAAACAAAAGGAGGAAGAAAAGAAACAGAAGGAGAUGUUGAAAAAACAAAAGGAAGAAGAAAAGAGACAAAAGGAGUUACUCAAGAAGAAAAAGGAAGAGGAAGAAGCAAGAUUGAAAAGAGAACAACAAGAGAAAGAAGAAGAGGAAAAACAAAAGAGAUUACAAGCUCAGGAUCACGAUGAUGAUGAUAUUGUUAGACAAAUUGAAAGUGAAAGGUACAAAUUCUCUACUGGAAAUAAUCCACAUGAUCCACUUGUUAAUGGUAAUCCUUUAUUGAAUCAUUUAUAUCAGGCUGCAACUACGUCGAUGCCAACUACACCUACUUCUGAUGGGUUCCCUACUUUGACUGCUUUGCAAUCUGUUCCUCCAUUAAUUGGCCAACAUCCUUUGCAACAACAGCCUCAACAAGUUCCAUUAUCGCUUCCUCAAGGACAAAAUCUACAACAGUCUAUUGUACCUCCUCCUUCUUCUUCUACUCAUCAACCUCCAAUAUCACAACAAUAUCAAUACUCUUCGGAAUUUAUUUCUAAUACUUUUCAAAAUGGAUCUAAUUUGUUGAAACAACCUUCAAUAAUGAAUUCUCCUCAAACGGUUUUAAUAAAUUUGCUCAAUAAUGGUUCUUCAAACACGGUUACCAAUGGGUUAAAUGGCGGCAGUGGUAAUGCUACUAUUACUGCUGGUAAUACGUUAUCACCAUGGUCAAGUAAAUCGAGAUUGAAUUCCUUAACUGCCCUGACUCAGCAACCAUUCAGUGCCACAACAGGUAGCCAGUUUGUUUCAUCAAAUCCACAAAGCUCGACAUUACCAAGCUCCACUGUUGCUGGGGGUGUUGGAUCAGCUCAAUCUUCAACCAAUUUCAGUCCCUUCAAUGCAUUUGCUGAUCCGUUGAAUACAGACACAUUUAUUAGUACUCCAGUAAGUGGUAAUAGCAACAACAUUUGGAUGAAUUCUGGAAAUGGUAAAACAACUAAUCUGGGAACAACUGGUUCUCGUAGUAACUCAAUUUGGAGCAAUCCUAAUGAACCAUCAUUAAUUAGUACAAAUACUGCCAAUGGUAGUGGUCUUUGGAAUAAUAGUAACAACAAUAAUGGCAACACUACCACCAAUUCAUCUGAGGUUGAUUUAAUCCAAUCAACAACUUUUAAUUGUUUUCAAAUAUUACAGAAUAGUGGGCAAGUUGAAUUUGGAUUUGCACCAUUGGUGAACCUUUUCCAAAAUGUGAAGACUAUUUUGAAUAUGCCAAACUUGUCUAUCAAUCAAUUUAUUAGUUGUUGUACAUCAUUUAAUGCAACUUCUAUUUAUCAAUUUAACCUCAAGUAUGAUGAAUUUGGUGCUGUUACCCAUGUUAAUGUUGUAUUGAAUGGUUUGCCAAGAGCUUCUCCUCCACCCGUAUCUGGUCAACAAGUUAAUGGUGGAGGGUUGUCCAGUUUUGUCAAUACUUCUUCACCACCAGGAUUGUUUAGUGAUCAAAAUGGGGUUAAUUCAUCGUUUUUGAGUCCAAUUGGAGAGUUGACAAACAAUACUGGUAAUUCCAAUGGAUUGAGCAGAAAAUUAUGGAAUUAA